UGCAGGAUAGGGAAGCAGUUUGAGCUCACCCUGCUGCUGCAGAGUGUGGUGAUGAUCCUCACCAUGUUUGCCAUGCUCCACCUCUGCUGUACGGUCCAAAACACAAACCGAGUGAGCACCAAGCAACACCGACUCUCAGACUUGGACUUUCGCUACUUCUGGAAGUGGAGCGCGUUCGAGGACUACCUGCUCUUCUGCUUCGGCUUCACCGUGCUGUGUGCCAUCGUCACCCUGCUGCUGCUGGACUCUGUCAUGUUUGUGGAGACGCUGGGCUCCCUGGCCGUGAUGUUUGAGGCCAUGCUGGGCCUCCCGCAGCUGCUGCAAAACUUCCACAACCGCUCCACCAAAGGCAUGAGUGUGAAGAUGGUGCUGCUGUGGACGGCCGGGGACGUCUUCAAGACCACCUACUUCGUGAUGAACGAAAGCCCGUCUCAGUUUUGGGUUUGCGGGUCAGUUCAGAUCAUAAUUGACGUGGUCAUCCUGCUGCAGGUCCUUUUAUACAGCCAAGACACACGGGUCAAACUAGGUUGAACAUGGCUGUAGCUUUGGGCAACGUAGGAACCCAGGGCCUGUGUGUAAAUUUCAAUGAGUCUAAGUUGAUUCAUUUAUCAUAGGAGACAUUUAGCUUCAAGAACACAGGCAAAACCAACGUUGAUAUAUACAGUGUACAUAUAUGGGAUCAUCAGACCCAAAUGAUUUACCUUCAAGUGCAAUGAAGCAAACCGUUUUAGCCUUGAUCAAACUAGUUAGCAUUUUCAGUCAAGCACUAAUAACCACACCUUUGCCUUUAACUUUUUAAGACAAGGCAGCACUUUGGAGCAUUUUUAGCAUUUUAUACUAUUUAUUUAUUUGUUCUCUGUUACAUUACUUGGAUCCUGAAGGGUACUGCACAUGGAAACUGUAACAUUACUCACAUUGGCAGCUCACUGACAGCAGAUCGGUGCUGUUGUACUGGCAGCUGCAGCAACCAGUCCUGCACCGGUAGCCCUGCACUGGAAUCUCCUGCUUGACUGAUGAGGCUCCCAGUUCACACUACACACUUCACUGAACUGUUCUCAUGAUACAUAGUGUGUAUGUGUUUGGGUGCGGCAUACUUGCUGGUGUGUUUGUGCAGCCAAAAUAGAUUUUUGCACCAAGCCAAGGCCACAGCACGUACACCAAGUAAUUGUAAAUACACAGGACAUCAAUCUGUGUGUUAUGACUCUGCUUAGUGGUUUAAUUGAGAAGCCAUGCAGGUCUUUCACAGGAUAUGAAAACAGUAUAAGGAAAAUAGUGAAAACAUGUGGCCAUGCUGCAAUGCUUUGCACUGCACCUCAGUCACAAAAUAUUUUGUAGACACCAAAGAACAUGUCAGACUUCAGAUCAAAAUAUGUAAUGUAAUGUACCAGUAUUACUGAAUAUUUGUGGCAUUGUCGUUUAUAUCACAUAGUCUUCGUCCCAUUACUUGUCAUUGUUACCUCUCUAUCUACUCAUUCUGUCAUGUCUUUUUUGCUCUUCCAAAAAGCGCUCUUGUUCUUUGAGACAGUGAAAUAAUUACCCGUAAGCAUUCUGGAUAAUUAACAUUACAUUAAUUAACAUAAUCAGCAGGAAUAUAACAGUGUGUUUUACCUUGAUCGCUUAUUGAAGACAUUUAAUACCCACUGCAGUUCUCUGACUCUAAAGCGAGCAAUACUUGGAAAUGAAAUGUAACCAAGCGAGACUUAAUUUCAUGCUUAAAGAAAUUGGUUUGGAGAUUGGUGUGGGGUAAAAUCUUAUAUUACAUUUUUUUAAAGGAAGACCCUCCCCUUCAUUAUUAAUAUUUCCUUUUGACCCUCCCUUUGAAUGAAAAAAAGAAAAAGCACCCUCCCCCCAAUAUUUCAAAAUAUUUGAACAAUAGUAAACCGGUACAACUUGUUUAAUUGUUUACCCUAAAUUAAAGGAGCACUGUGUAGAAUCUAGGGGGAUCUUUUAGCAGAAAUGGAAUAUAAUAUUCACAACUAUGUUUUCUAAAGUGUAUAAUCCCCUGGCACUAAGAAUCAACUGUGUGUUAGCUUAUAGAAUGAGCCCGUCAUAUCUACAAAGGGAGCGGGUCCCAUCACGGAGUACGCCAUGUUGCACCGCCGUGUUUCUAGAGUAGCCCAGAACGGACAAACCAAGCCCUGGCUCUAGAGAGGGACUUUCACAUGUUUACAUUACCUGAAGGCCACCGUAGUUCGCCGACACGCUUGGAAAGGGAAGGGUGAGUGACCUGAUGUCCAGUUACUUGCGAUCUGCGACCUCACUGCUAGAGGCCACUAAAUCCUACUCACUUUAAUACUUUAAAUAUUUAUGAUAUUAUACUGUAGCCACCAAUGCACACAUUAGAAGUGCGACUGGAAAUUGACAAAUUUAUUGAGUCCCUCUCUAUUUUUUUUAAAAGGCUAGUAGUAAAUAACUUGUUACCUCUCCCAUUGGGUGACUUGGGCCCUGGAGGCAGCUCUGAGGGACUUGAGCUGUAAUAUCUUUAACCCACCCCAUAUUCCAAAAAAAAAAAAUAAAAAAUAUAUAU